AUUUUGAUGGAAACAUUUUAUUAAUUUUGUACAAAAUUUAAUAACAAACAGCUUCUGAAGAUGAUCUGAAGGCAAAAUUUGAGGCGAUUUGUUGUUUUUGUCGACUUGCUCUCGAGUAAGUUACAGAUUUGAGAGCUUCAGCCUUGAGGUUAAAAUCAUACAUACAAGAUGGCUGCCGGGGAGAAGAUAACGUUGACAGAUGCAUUACAGAAUGUAGAUGUGCUGGAUGAAUUGCCACUACCUGAUCGACAGCCCUGUAUCGAGGCCCUCAAUAAAUCAAUCCACUACCAAGCUAAUUUUGAUACUAAUUUUGAAGAUCGUAAUGCCUAUGUUUUUGGUGUGGCUAAGUAUAUUGAACAAGCUACUAUUCAUGCUGAUAUGAAUAAGUUGCUAGAGGAAGGUAAGGAGUAUGCUGUAAUGUUAUUUACCUGGAGAUGUUGCUCCCGAGCUCUACCACAAGUUAAAAGUAACGAUCAACCCAACAGAACUCAGAUUUACCAGAAAAUAGUAGAAGUUUUGGAACCACAAGUCAGUAAGCUUGUCAGAUUCAUGCACUUUCAGAAUCGAGCUAUCAGUCGUUUUUCAGAAGAAGUUAAAAGACUAUGUCAUAAAGAAAAGAGGAAUGAUUUUGUAUCAGAGGCGUAUUUAUUAACUCUAGGAAAGUUUAUGAAUAUGUUUGCUGAAUUGGAUGAGUUAAAGAACAUGAAGUCAAGUGUCAGGAAUGAUUAUGCUGCUUAUAGACGAGCUGCUCAGUUCCUGCGAGUAUUAUCAGACCCAGUGGCACUACAAGAAUCUCAGACAUUGUCUAUCAACAUGGCUACACAGAAUAAGAUACGAGACACAUUAAAAGAAGCGAUGUUACAGAUACCUGGUUAUGAAGAAUUACUAGCUGAUAUUGUGUGUUUAUGUCUCAGUAUGUAUGAGACUAGAAUGUAUCUUGAACCUGAAGAGAAGUAUAUGUUAGUCAAGGUGAUGGCAUUUGGUUUGAACCUAAUGGACUCUACAACUAGUAAUAUAUAUAAAAUGGAUGCCAAGAAAAGAAUCAACAUUAGUAAAAUUGAUAAAAUAUUGAAGACAUUAGAAAUAGUACCACUAUAUGGUGACAUGCAGAUAGCACCCUACCAUUAUAUUAAAUGUAGUCCUAAUUUUGAUGGGUCUAAGUGGCCACUGUGUGAACGUAACGAGCCCAGUCCCCAGUCUAACCUGUUAGCUAAUCUAGAGGCUAUACGAGAAGACCAUAUGGAAUAUAUCAGUCAGCUAUCUAGACACAGUAAUGAGGCUAUAACCACAAUGAGAGACCAACCUCGAUCUGAUAUAGAAAAUAAAGAGCUAUUUGAUUUAGCUUUAAAAGGUCUACAGUUACUUUCUGCUUGGACUCAACAAGUUAUGGAAUUGUAUUCUUGGAAGUUAUUGAACCCUACUGACCCUCAUCAGAAUCCUGACUGUCCUAAAGAUGCUGAAGAGUAUGAAAGGGCAACACGUUAUAACUACAGUAGUGAUGAAAAAUUUGCGUUGAUUGAGGUUAUAGCUAUGAUAAAAGGCCUCCAGUUAUUAAUGGCUAGAAUGGAAUCGGUCUUCAUGGAUGCCAUCAGACGUCAUAUUUACCAGGAACUACAAGACUUUGUUCAGUUGUUCCUCCGUGAUCCAUUGCGUAAAGCCAUUAAGAAGAAAAGUGACGUCAUUAAAGGUAUAAUAAUGGCGGUAAGAGAUACAUGUGUUGAUUGGUUGAGAGGAGUAGAACCACACGAUGACCCGGCGUUACGUGGUAAAAAAGACCCUGAUGAUGGUUUCUUUAUCAAAGUUCCAAGACGAAAUGUUGGUCCUUCAAGUACCCAGUUAUAUAUGGUAAGAACGAUGUUAGAAUCUCUGACAGCUGAGAAGAGUGGAGGAAAGAAAACACUACGUAAAGAUAUUGACUUCAGUCAUCUUCAAACUAUUGAUAACUUCCAUAAAACUUCUUUCUUCUGGAAUUAUCUUAUUAAUUUUAAUGAGACUCUGUUUAACUGUUGUGAUCUAUCUCAACUAUGGUAUCGAGAAUUUUAUCUUGAAUUAACCAUGGGAAAGAGAAUUCAGUUUCCUAUUGAGAUGUCUAUGCCGUGGGUUUUAACUGAUCAUAUUCUAGAAACUAAAGAACCCUCAAUGAUGGAGUAUAUCUUAUAUCCCUUGGAUUUAUACAACGAUUCUGCCCACUACGCUCUGACUAAAUUCUGUCAACAAUUUCUUUAUGACGAAGUCGAGGCUGAGGUUAACCUAUGUUUUGAUCAGUUUGUCUAUAAACUUAGUGAUCAAGUUUUCGCUUACUAUAAACAUCUCUCGGGCAGUAUUAUGUUGGAUAAAAGAUUCCGAUCUGAAUGUGCUAGUCAUGGAGCUAAAAUUAACUACCCUACUGCCAAUAGAUAUCAAACAUUACUCAAACAACGACACGUUUCGAUUUUGGGAAGAUCAAUAGAUUUAAAUAGAUUAAUAGGACAAAGAAUCAAUGCUGCUCUACAGAAAGCUUUAGACGUGGCCAUAGCUCGAUUUGAGGCUGGAGAUAUUACUGGUAUAGUGGAAUUAGAAGGAUUAUUAGAAUGUAACAGGCUGACUCAUAAACUACUGAGUGAAUAUCUAACAUUGAACGAUUACGAUGCCAUGCUCCGUGAAGCCAACCAUAACGUAUCAGCUCCGUAUGGACGUAUUACACUACAUGUAUUCUGGGAAUUGAAUUAUGAUUUCUUACCUAAUUAUUGUUACAACGCUGCUACCAACAGAUUUGUAAAACAUGAUAAGUUGACAUUUGUAACAGACGCCAAGCGAGAGAAAGCACCCAACCCUUCUCCUCAUUAUAUCUGGGGUACAAAGACCCUGACAACAGCCUAUAGUACAAUAUACAGCCUGUAUACCCGGUUUGUGGGUACCCCCCACUUUCAUUCUAUAGUACGAUUACUAGGGUAUCAAGGUAUAGCUGUCGUUAUAGAGGAACUCCUUAAAACCAUUGAGGGCUUCUUGAAAGGUACUACACUUGAAUAUGUUAAAAUGUUAAUGAAAGUUUUACCACCAACUUGUAAACUUCUAAGAUUUGAUUAUGGUUCACCAGGUGUGCUGGCAUAUUAUAACGCCAACCUAGUAGACUUGAUCCAGUAUCCUGAUUUAAGAAUGGAAGUCUUCCAGAGUUUCAGAGAAAUUGGAAAUGCCAUUUUAUUCACAGUACUUCUUGAACAGGCCAUGACCCAAGAAGAAGUAUGUGAUUUAAAACAUGCUGCACCAUUUCAAAAUAUAAUUCCUAAACCACAUAUUCCUAUAAAAGAAGGUGAUAAUAGAAAAGAUAAAGAAGCAGAAUUAAAAUUAUUUAUGAAACAAUUAGAGAAGAAAUAUGCUGCAUUACAAGUUGUUUCUGUUAUUAAAAAACUUGGCAAUCAGACGCAAGCUGAUAUAGCGGCAGAAGGUGAUUUAUUAACAAGAGAGAGGCUAUGUUGUGGACUGUCUAUGUUUGAAAUAGUAUUAACUAGAAUGAAAUCAUUCCUGACUGACGCACUAUGGCACGGUGAACCCCCCACUAAUGGUGUUAUAAAUAUAGAUAAGUGUACAGAGUUUCACCGACUAUGGAGUGCUAUACAGUUUGUAUUCUGUAUGCCUAUGAGAGAAAAUGAAUACACUAUCGAAGAGUUGUUUGGAGAGGGGUUAAACUGGGCUGGAUGUUCUAUUAUUAUGUUGCUAGGACAACAGAGAAGAUUUGAAGCUCUAGACUUCUGCUAUCAUAUACUGAAGGUCAACAGAGUUGAUAUGAAGGAUGAAAACGUCAAGGGUAUUCAAUUGAAGAAAAUGGUGGAUCGAAUCCGAAAGUUUCAGAUUUUAAACAAUCAGAUAUUUUCAGUAUUAAAUAAAUACAUGAAGACCACAGACGCCGAGAGUAUGCCAGUCGAACAUGUUCGUUGUUUUCCUCCCCCCAUUCACCAAUCUCUAGCUACUACUAUAUAAACUGGUCUCAGUGAUCUGAUAAUUACUCAAUAUUCCAUGAUUAAGACUAAUACCAUUCAACUUCUAGCUCACUGAUUUUCUUCAUAGGAAAUUCAGAAAGAUUUCUUCAGCUGUUUAGGUGAACUCAAUCUAAAAUUCAAUAUAUUCAGAUCUUGAUUAAGUGAGAAAAAAAAUUUAUGUUAAUUACUUUUCCUUAUUUCACUAUUGAAGAAAGAUACUGCUAUUUAAAUGGUUGUCUUUAAAAUGAAAUGUAGAAAACAAAUCAUUCAUUUUCAAGACCAAUUCCAGUUACACUAUCACACUAGUUAGUUUCACCUAUUUUAACAGAUGAACUUCAUCGAAAAUUCAACAUAGUAAGAUCAAGAUAGAGUAAAGUAUUAAUGUCUAACAUCAAUUUUUCGUAUUUUUUUUUCCACAGCAUUUAGCUCAUUUUAUUUUGAUGUAAAAUUAUUAAUUCUUCCAAUUUUCGUAUAUUUAUUGUGCAAUCUCUCUCAAUUUUUACACAAAUUUUUCAUUUUGUACGUUCCUAGCUUAAUUUUUUUUUAUCUGAUUAUAGUAUUUAUUUUUUGAAAAAGCCUUUAGGAGAGGGUCAUUUAGUUAAAAUUUUAUUUAUGCAUGAAUUGUCACAAAAUAAUAAUUUACCUGAUUUUUUUUUUAAAGUAUGUAAAUGUAUAUAUAAAAAAAUUUUCUAAUUGG